AUGCCGGAUGAUAUGAAUGAAUUGAUGAAACAUAAAUGUUUUGUAACAUACGAUGACAAAGUGGAUGUGAUAGCUGUCGACGAGAACAAAGUUGUCACAAUGAAGACAAUGGAGAAGCAACAACAGCAGCGGAACAGUAACAGGAGUGUUUCAAAAAUCGACGAUACUACAAAGAAUAGCUUAACAGCCUUAUCAGCAGAUGCAAUUGACGAAUUGCUAAUCGAGACUGUUGAGCAGAAAAAGGCCUUGUGGGACCAUUCGCAAGGGUGCAAAAACCGAUCAAAGCUGAAAACCGAUGCCUUAUGGGCAGAGGUUUCUAAUAUAAUAGGUGAUAUCAAGAGUCCCGUGGAGUGCAAAAAAAGAUGGGGAUAUUUAAGAGAUAAUUACACAAAAGCUAAAAAAUUGAUGAAGGGCUAUGUUCGAAGCGGAGCAAGUGCAGAAGAUGGCCGACCAGUUAAAAGCAGUUUUCGCUUCUAUAACAGAAUGCAGUUUUUAGAUACGGUCAUCCAGAGUGGACCAACGGUGAGCUCCCUACCGAUGGAAUUGGUGGAAAAUUCGGACUCAUCAAAUGUAGAGGGUAGCAUAGAUACAUUUAUAAGGCUCCGUUCACGAGAGGAAAGCAAUGACAGCGACGUCCAGCCGAGCAGUUCUACGGAUAAUUCUGCGAAUAAUUCUGCCAGCAAAUCGCGAGUUUCAAAACGAUCACGUACAGACAACGAAGGAAUUACACAAAUUGAAAAUGAGUUUAUGUCAUACCUCAAAGAAUUCCAGCCAGUUCAUGAUCCAGUGCACAGUUUCUGUGACAUGCUAGGGGAUAUUCUACGGCGCUUGCCGUAUAACAUAGUAUAUUUAGAAAUGGAACUUCUCACCCAGGCAAUCGAAGUGGAAAAGAAUACAGAACGUGAUAAGCAACAUUAA